CACUCCGAACAUCUUCUUCUUCCAGAUAGUAGAAAAGGUAGAAAGUUGCGAGGAGAUUCUAUCAAGAUAUUGUAACAGACAAAAGACAGCAUCGAUAACGACGGCUGUGUUCAUACGAUACGGAUCUGCGAAAUGCUUUGAGGAGAGGACUUUAAAGAUCAAUCAUUCUACUUUACCAUGUCAAAAGUAGAGAAAGACGAUGGCGUCACAGCAAAGAAGCGUAUCAACGCACAAGGACUGCCAUGGUGGCUAUGGAUACUGAAACAUAGUCAAGCAAUCGUAACGGCGGGAAUGACAGUCGGCGUGAUUUAUUACCACAACACACAAGGAAUCUAUCUCACUAUAACCGCAUUGGCAACAAGUUUUAUGGCAAAAGGAAUGAAAAAGAUUAUCAAUCAACCUAGACCGGAUGGAUCGAUUGUCAAAACACCCGGAAUGCCUUCUACACAUAGCGCCACCGGCACAUUCAUCGCCCUUUAUCUGGCCAUCCUUCUGGCACGUACUCAACCUUCUUCGGUCGAUCCCACAUGGCUGGUACCUUUGAAGCCGGUCUUGGUACCCUCUUUGAUCACCUUUCCCGCUCUUAUGAUAUACUCAAGAGUACGUUUAGGUGUUCAUACAUUAGAACAAUGCGUUGCAGGAGCCGCUUUAGGUAUUUCCACAACGAUACUCUUUUACACCGUAUGGGCAGGUUAUCCAAACGCACAAAGUCAAGGGUUUGGACAUAGUGUCGUAAAAGGAUUAGCGGGAACGCAAUCGGUAAGAGAGUUGGAUGUUUGGUUGCACGAAACAGUCGUAAAGGUGAUUAGGAUCAUUAUACCCAAUCUUUAGAUGUUCAUUAUCUGCUUUCGCAUGGAUUGUGCCUUAUUAUAGUAUUAUAUCAUUGCUGCUAGUGAAACUGGUCGUAAACUGUGAAAAGAUGAAAGUUUAUUCGCGAUCGAUCUGUCUCCAUCCUUUUACCUUUGCAUCUUUUAGCAACUCUAGAUAAUGUUGUACCAAAUCAUGACAAGCUUCAUAAUGAUUCACACCUUCUGCCCGAU